AUUUCAUCAUCCUCGAUCUGAAUUCGCGAUUCUCUCGUCGCGUGUAACUCCCACCUUAGGUAGCAAAAACAAAAUGGACGACGACUUUGACGAUGCCGAGCUCCUCCAAGCUCUCGCCGCCUCCGAAGCAGCAGCAGCAGCCAGACAACAACCCCAACGCCCACCAGCACCACCACCAGGUCGCGGCAUCGUCCAACCCACCCCCCAACGCCUUGACAAACCACCACCCUCCAACUCCUCCUCCUCCUCCACCACCGGGCCGCGAAUAGUCCAGCCCACCCCACAACCCCUCCCCGGCGCCCGCUCCUCCUCGGGCUCCUCCAUCCUCGUCUCCCCGCGACAAAAAGGCAACCCGGUGCUCGCCUCCAUCAAGUCCACCGCCUGGGAAUACUCCGACAUCCCCGCCGACUACGUCCUCGGCACCACCACCUGCGCCCUUUUUCUGUCCCUCAAAUACCACCGUCUGCACCCAGAAUACAUCUACACGCGCAUCCGCCUGCUGCAGCAAAACCGGUACAACCUGCGCAUCCUGCUCACGCUCGUCGACAUCCCCAACCAUGAGGAGCCCCUGCGCGAGCUCUCCAAGACGUCGCUCGUCAACAACGUGACGGUCAUCUUGUGCUGGUCGGCGCAGGAGGCGGCGCGCUAUUUGGAGCUGUACAAGUCGUACGAGCACGCGAGCGCGAGCGCGAUCAGAGGCCAGCAAAAGACGACGUAUGCGGAGCAAAUGGUGGAGUUUGUGACGGUGCCGAGGAGCGUGAACAAGACGGAUGCGAUAGCGCUGGUGAGCACGUUUGGGAGCUUGCGGAAUGCGAUCAAUGUGGCGACGGAGGCGAAUGGGGAGGAGCGGUUGGGGAACGUGCAGGGGUGGGGAGAGAAGAAGGUGAGGAGUUGGAGGAGGGCGGUGGAGGGGAGUUUUAGGGUGAAGAAGGCGGCGGCGCAGGGACGGAAGAAGGCUGCGACGGGUUCCGGUUCCGGGUCAGGAGGAACACAGUCACGGACGAUGCAGACACAGACACAGACACAGACACGGCAGAAGGAAACUGGAUCAUCACUGGACAGGAGGGCUGGCGCUACCGGGCACGGGCACGGGCCGAGGGGGGAGGAGUACGAUGAGAUGGAGGCUGUUAUGGCUGCUGCUGAGGAGGCGGGGUCGACGGUGGCUGCGGGCUCGAGUUCUACCAACAACAACACUCCAGCUUCUCGGAGACAAGAGGAGGAAUUGGGCGGUGGGAUUGCUGCUGCGUUGGCCAAACUGAGGCAGGGAGGUUGAGGAAGUGUUGAACCCUUCAGACACGUUGUCUGGGCGGACUAAAACACGCCUGUCCUACGAUGAACACGUGGAGACCAGAAGCCCGUGGUUGUACGACAACCACAACCCGACACUCCUUCUAGAGUACCUAGGCAUUGAUGCCGAGCCACAAGUCCCAAGACUCAGUUUAUUCCAGGUCCAUGUUGGGACCCUUUGAAACCAAACCAGACGAAUGACCACAUC